AUGAGUGAAAGUGAGGGUCAAUACUAGCUUUUCGGUAUUUUAGGAAGAAACAGCAUCUUCAUGGUAACACAAUGUGAUAACGAUAGACAUUGGAGAAGAAUGCUCGGAGUUAACAAUGAGAGAUAUUAGAAAUCUUCUACUCAUCCAUUUGAUGAAUGUGAUAAUGCCUACAUCAAGCCAAUGAAACCAGUUCAAUUAGACUUGCUCAACAAUCUCUUCAAGAAGAGCGACUUCGAAUGA